UAGCAGCACAGCAGAAACAACCAGAAGUGUUCUGAUUCGGAUGGAACUGGACUGACCGAACCUUAGGGCAGAUCUUCAGAUCCUUCCGUGGGUCUCGAAACCACCAUGCUCUCCGUGGUGCUGCUGGCCGCGAUCUGCGCGCUGUGGCCGCCCCCAGUCCGUGCGGCUUCCUGCGAACCGGUCCGGAUCCCGCUGUGCCGGUCCAUGCCCUGGAACAUGACCAAGAUGCCGAACCACCUCCACCACAGCACGCAGGACAACGCUGUCCUGGCCAUCGAGCAGUUCGAGGGGCUGCUGGGAACUGGAUGCAGUCCAGAUUUACUCUUCUUCCUGUGUGCCAUGUAUGCUCCCAUUUGCACCAUCGACUUUCAGCACGAGCCCAUCAAGCCCUGCAAGGCGGUGUGUGAGAGGGCGAAGUCUGGUUGUGAGCCAGUGAUGAAGCGUUACAACCACAGCUGGCCUGACAGCCUGGCCUGCAGCGAGCUGCCGCUGUACGACCGCGGAGUCUGCAUCUCACCUGAAGCCAUCGUCAAGGCAGAGGGACCUGACUCUUACAACCAGGACCCUUCCAGAUGUAAUCCAGAAUCCAGUCCAGACUUUCCAAUGGACUCCAACAACUUCCACUGCAGGGGACCAGAUCCUUGCAGAUGUAAGACGGUCAGAAUGGGGCAAAAAACCUACCUGAAGAACAACUACAACUACGUAAUCAGAGCAAGAGUAAAGGAGGUGAGGAAUCAUGGGCUGGAGCCAACAGCAGUGGUGGAGGUGAAGGAGGUGCUCAAGUCUUCUCUGGUCAACAUUCCUAAGCAGACACAGACACUUUACUAUUCAUCUUCCUGUUUGUGUCCACCUCUGGCUCCUGGGGAGGAGUACCUCAUCAUGGGCUACGAGAGUGAGGAGAGGUCCAGGUUGCUCCUGAUUGACAGCUCCAUUGCUCAGAAGUGGAAGGACAGAAUGCGCAGGAAGGUCAAGAGAUGGGACCAGAUCCUGCAGAACCCCCCGGGACACCGCCGGAGUCGCAACUGAGAUCCGACUGUGUGUGUGUGUGUGUGCGUGUGCGUGUGUGUGUGUGUGUGUGUGUGUGUACUUGUCUUUAUAUGCCUAAUUGGACAAAUUUUAACAAUUAUUCUGUAGUGUGUGUGGACAUUUGGCUGGUCCACACAAUGACCAAAUAUCCUUAAACAUGGAUUUAGAGGUAUAGUGUGAAACAACUAUACUAGUAAUAAUGGUUAGAAAUAGAACAGCAUUGGUUAUGGUCAGGGUUAAGAUAUGGGUUAGGCAUAAGGAGCCUAAGUCACGCCCAUCUACUUCCAAACCGUGGAUCUGGGAAGAACGAAAAAAUGAAUGCAAGUCAAUGGGGCUAAUAAUACUUGUUAUGUGCCAUUUGACAUAUGAUGUUUGUGAACUUUAAAGAUGCAUUUUGAUACCAAGAAAGCACUUAUUUUCGAAUGGGGGGAAAUGCUAGCUCAGGUUUUGUGUGAAAAUAAGUCCAGGACUACAAAUAUGUUUCACGAAAGUGACGUCAUCAAACCAGACACGGAGAAAAGAAGAGGGAAAAUGGCUGUAAGUUCAGAGAACUUCAAAUCCUUCCUUCAGGAGGAAAUAAACACUAUAAAUCUGGCCAUGUGGUACAUACCGAUAUCAAAUUUGUAGUUGUGGUAAUUACAAACUUUUACAAGCUGAUAAAUCUCAAAGUACGUGACUGGCGUGGUCGAAACACCCAUCAUUACUUUUCAUUUAAAUUGAAGUACAGCAUAUGUGUGAUCCAGGGCGUAAGGCAAAACAGAUUAGAAAAUAGCUCUUUUAGCCCCGUUGACUUGCAUUCAUUUUUUUGUUCUUCCGGGGACCCAUGAGCCGACUGGAAGGGGUGGAGACUUAGGCUCCCUAUUGACCCUUUGCACGUGACGUCACACCACUCGUGGGACCACCCCCUUGGCCAUGGUGGAUGGCAAAAAGAUUUCACAGUAAAAUGGUAACAGCUCGUUGCGCGAUUGGCUGCACUAACAGACAAGGAUGUAAAGUGAACUCUUUUUUUUCUUCCUCCGAAUAACUUUGAUGGAGACGGAGGAAGGAGAUAAACUGCAGCGAUCAAACAGACUAGCAGCCCUCAAAGUAUCUUUGGAUUUGCAGCGAACAUGUUUUUACUGGGUAAGAUUAACGUUCGUAUGUUUCAUGAGAAAGACAGGGACAGGGAUAAAAGUGAUGUGUUUAUACUGAUAAUCCUAAUGGAUGGAUGGAUGGAUGGAGGAAGCGUGGUACCGUCCACUGUAGUGAAAUGUGAGAUACGUAUGUACAAUAUUAUUGCUUAAAUAUAUGAUUGUGUGUUAAAGGUACGUUAUUUAUUUAGUGCGAGUGCUGCCGUUAAGAGAUAUCUUGUCUCAUCCCGGCGUGAGUGCAGCAGCUUAGCCAGUGACACCACCAGCAACAAAAACUAGCAGGGAUCUGGGCUUGUUUUAAAUCAGCUUCGUUGUAAAGUGAAACGCUGUUUAUACCGUGAUGUUAUAAAGUCAGUGAGGUGAGUUUUGGCAGAGUCUGUAACUUGUUUACAUUAGCGAACAUCUGCAGAGAACUUAAGCUAGCGUUCGUACGCUAGUUAACAUACUGCUCUCUAUGAGCCCCACCUAGGUGCUCCACUUCUGAUAACAAAACAUGGGCUUGAACUAGUAUGAGGAAUGCUAAAUAUCGCAAAAACAACAACGAAAACAAUUUCAGGCUCUACUUUUCCCUUUUUUUGUACUCGUGUCGCUCACUGUUUACAUGCUUUUGCCACCAAUGUGGUAGACCCAUGUGAUUAGGUGAUGUUGGUGCAAAGGGUUAGUUGUAGAGUCCCAAAAAUGAAUGAAAGUCAAUGAAGAGUCCACACAAGAUAAAGAGACAAGUGUGUGUGUGUGUGUGUGUGUGUGUGUGUGUGUGUGUAUUGCACUUUCACAGGCUGUUGUAGCUUAAUGUAAUUAAUCUCUUCAUGUAUCAGACUGAGUUUGUUUUUCAUUUUUCCCCUAUUGCACAAAUAGUAAUGUGUGUGCCUGCGGGUGUGUGUGUGUGUGAGUGUGUGCGCGUGCGCGCAGCUUAAGUUCUCCAAUAAGGCAAGAGGUCUUAUUGAAAAUGUGUUACUUGAUGUUAUUUUGACUAAUUUUUUCAUUGGCAGCCUUCUUGGCUCCACUUAUUCCCUCUGUGGUUAUCUUUGAAAGAAGCCUAAGGGUGUUUCUCAAUGUCAAGGUGCCUGACCUUGCGAGGCGAUGUCUUGCGAGGCCAGGAGCCUUGCUUACGAGGACACUGUCCUUCCUUGGUCAAAGAAAACGGUUAAAUGGAACAGACUUGCAUCACGUGACGGUCACGUAACGUCACAUGACACGGGAGGUAAUGUUAUAUUUUAUACAUAUUAGUUUCAAUAUAAAUAUAUAACAAGCCUUUUACUUUUUAAAUUGUGUAUAUAUUUAUUAAACUAAAUAUAUUAGUGAGUAACUACCCACUAGCCACCGAAGCUGCAACUAUUAAGCAACUUACCAACAAUAGAUAACUUCUUUGGAUCUAAAAAAAAUCCAUUUUAAAUUCGCUGACUUACUUUAAAACUUGAAAAUUGUGCCCGAAGUAGCUGCCGGCUUCUGAUCCGCCAUCCUUUUAAAAAUACAGUGGUGUAUUGUGGGUAAUUUUUGGCCAAGUCUAGGCUACAAGACACCUCCCGUGUAUCCUUGCUCAGCUAGCUAAAUGGCUAACAAACGGAGAACACAUGCCUCGGUAGAACAUGAACAUUGGAAUCGAUUGGAACACGUCUCGGUGGCCCCUGAUAACGUAUCUCCUAGGCAACCGGGGCGGGGCGGCUAAGACAUCAAGGCAAGGUUCCUUGACAUUGAGAAACACCCAAGGUGUGUCCUGUCAGUGUUCCAGAAGAGAGAAGCGCCAACAUCAGCAGUAGAAAGACUGAUCUGAAAUCUGGUCCCAGGAACUUAUGGUCACAGCUUUGCUGUGAAGGUGCAUUUCUUAAUUUUUAGAACACAAAAAGAUUUGAUGCUGUUCCACCGAAAGCUUUAAUCACUCCAAAUAAGGACAGAAAAAAAUUUAACCUUGAACGAAAUUACACAAAAGAAAGUUGAAAGGACAAAAGAAUGAAAAGUUCAUGUUCAUAAUAAAAAAAAUCCAAGACUAAUGUAGACAGCUCAUUUACACAUUUAGUUUAAAAGGUUAGAUAAAACUGCUUUAAAGCCACUCUGAACUUUAAAAUAAGGAGGAAGUGUUUAGAAAGAAAAAACUUUUUUCAAAACUAUUUUUUAAGCACCAGAGCACAUUAUCUACAUUACCCAUGAAGCAAGUGUUUGAUAACUAUGGUUUGUUAUUUUGGGGGUACAUGUUUGAGGUUCAUAUUGUGAAGGAUAACAGGAAGUUGUUGGAGUGAAGACUGGACCUCAUACUACAGUUUUGUAUAAAAGUAAUUAAAAAAGGAUUUUGUGGACACGUGGGACAGUGUCAGUUCUAAGUCUUGGUUGGCACAACAGGAUGUGUUAGCUGUAUUCUAACAGAUAUAAACUGUUCUAUUAUUAUUAUUUCAUUAGUUUUUGACACAGCCAAAAUGAUUGACUUGUGUUCUAGCUGCUGAUGUUAUGACAGCGUUUACUUCACCAGAGCUGCUUUUUACAUUAAAGUCUACUCAGCUCUUUAGUUGUUACACCAACUAUGCAAAUAUCUGAAUAUCAGCUAUUUAAAAUAAGUCAUUUUAUAUUUUAGGCUGUAUUUCACCUGCAGGAUGUGAGUAAAGGUUUUAGUGUUCUGUGAUUUCUGUUGGAUGGUCUGAGACUCCUACAGACUUGGGGCUUGUUCCCUUCUGUAGAACUAACUGCCAGUUGCUUCUCUCUGAUGGGUUAAGCUGGGACGCUUACUGAUGCUAACAUGUCUGUGUGAGUCUCACUUUCGAUUGGGACCUGGCUGUGCUGUAGAAGACACUGAAGCCAUCUGUGAAUCAGAGGAAAGUUUCAACGCAUCCCUUCAGCACUCAUUCUCUGCAUUUUGUGUUCACUGCUACAUCAUCAACUGAUGAUCUGAUUUUAACAUUAAACACAAGACAAACGUGACCUGAA